ACGUAUCGCCGUCCGGUGUCCCUAUCCUCAAGGCAAUGGUACUGCGUUACGUAUCGUCGUCCGGUCCAUGCCCAGUCAACUACUGCGUUACGUAUCGCCGUCCAGUAGUGACCCGACCAUCUACCGCGUCUAGUAGUGGCCCAACCGCCCGGGGGUUCAAUUAUCAUCAUCCAUACAUCAUAAACACACACAUACAUAGCACAACGCAUGCCUCCACCUUAAGUAGGCGGUGGGAUGCCUCACACACAUAAUCGCGCUUACUUGAAAAUUAAAUAACAUAACUGAAUUAAAAAGGCAUAAACUAAAAGACCUCGACGGAGAUUUUACCCCCUUUACACUCACCUCGAAAAGACGACUCUUCUUAAUCGACGGUUGACCCACGUCAUCCUCCGAAACUCCACGCUCCAACUCCUCAUGCUUCGCUUCCUUUUGCAUUUCCUCCUAUUAGAUAUUUAGGCAAAACUUAACUCACUUAUCUCUAAACGUAACUAACCAAACGACCCUCAAUUUGGUUAAUUUCAAUCCCAAUUUCCCCCCAUUUAAUCUUUCCUAAGAUUCCCCAUAAAAUUCUGGAAAAUUACCUUUUUGCCCCAAAACGGCAAUUUACCAAAUGGUACUCGAAAUUCCCAGGUUUUACAAUUCGGCCCCGAAUUCCCAGAAUUUCACCAUUCAGCACUCCAGGCCACUUUCCACUUUCUGAUUUAAACAUUUAAGUCCAAAAGGCUUAUUUCCAACCUGAUACCCAAACACUUACCAAUUCCCAACUCACCCAAGGCCUGGUCAAUUACUUUACGGCGCCUAAAAUUCCAAACGUUUACAAAAUCAUCCCAGCUCCAAAAAGAUAUGUACGCCCUUGCCUAUUCAUCAAAUUUCCAAAAUGACGCCAUGGAAUUCCAAUAAACAGGGGAACUCUCACCUGCACACCGCCGCCGCCAUCGACGGUGCGGCUCCGGCCACCGUCGUCGUCAUCCUUCUCGCCAUCCCCGAAUCCACAACAAUCGCACUCCUCCGGCUCCUCUUCUUCUUCCUCGGGCAACGGUUCGUCGUCUUCCACCGCCGCCUGAAGCUUCCCGCCGAUGCCAUCAUCUUCGACGCCCCUCCUCGGACCACAAUUCGGAGGCCACCUCCGGACCGCAAACGCUCUUGGUCACUUCGGAGGGUAGACCUGCAUCCUCUCCGUCUCCCCUGCUCCAUUAACCGCCUUGUCGACGCCGGGGACGACGCGAACGUCGAAGUAACUGUCAAGAUUUGUCGUCGCCACUGCAUUCCUGGGACUCCUUGCGCGUCCACGGAUCGCCCGCCUUCCUCCUCUUCUCAGGAAUCGCGUCGUCUUCUUCAUCGCAACGUCCCCGUUCAGCUCUUUCAAUUUGAGCCCUGCUUUUCCUCAGCCGCCGCAGAGCUCCUUGUUCUCUAUCCCCUCCCUUUUGUUUCGCUACUGAGCAAACGGCUCCCAUCUCCAAUUAGAAUCCCAAAUAAUUUCCACUCAUUCUAUCACUAAUUGAUACUUACGACCCCAAGUAAUUGUUUCCGUUACUUCCAUUUCCCUCGGUGACCUUCUGCCCCUGUUCGCCUUCCGCCGCUGCUUUGCCUUCCCCUCUUCGUUCUGUUGUUGAUCGAAUUCCAUAGAGGAACAUCCUCCUCCAUUCUUCGCUUGGGCCUGGCCUGCCCCCUCCUCUCCUUUGUUGCGACCACCAGAGCUGGGCUUAAGCCCUUGUUCUCUCUCUUUUUUUUUCUUUAUUCAGUCGGAUUCCCCAGAGGAGAAACAACUCCUCCGUGCUAGCGGCCCCAGGCCCGCUCUCUCUCUCUCCCUCUCUUUCUUCCGGGCCAAAGCCCGGAUUCUUCCUUGUCCCAAACGGGCCUCAGCCCACUUCCUCCUCCUAUCUCGCCUUUUCCCCCUUCUCUCCACCCGGGCCUAAAGGCCACUAUCCCCCUCACUCGGGCUAAGCCCAUUCCAUUUUCAUCCCUUUCUUUCUUCUUCUCAUCGCCCACCACACAAGGGCUUGGCCCACUUCUUUCCCCUUCUCUCUUUGCCGCCCAUGGAGGCUAUGACCAAGCCCACUUGGCCAAAGGAGAACCAUUAGUAGAACCACCACACUCAAAGCCCACUUAAUUGUAUUUUGAUUCAAACCUCAAAAUACAACUUUAACUUCCUCGUUUUACAACGAAACUCGACGCCAUUCGAACCGUUAGUUCAUGUUUGAGUCCUCUUUAAAUAUCAAGGUUGGAACUUAACAACUUUCCAAGGGUAUACUGUCAAUUUGGCUUUUGAAAAGAGCGGGGUGUAACAUACUACGUAAUGUCUAAAUACUUAGGGUUCAUCGAAUGUGGUGAGUGAGCUCUUUUCUGUGGGCUUCGUGGUUAUCCAGACGCCUGCGAGUACGCCUCCCUUAGACCAUAUACAAUCACCUCGAUCUAAGCUAUUGUAUCUGGGGCAUUAAGCCCAUAACUCCUUUCAAUGGGUACCACCCACCCUCGCAACCGAGGUUUCAUCACUGGCUCUAUAUAGGAAGGCUACCUAUUGCAGGGGUUCGGUCGCCUCGACCACCAAAGGUUCCUAUUUAUACAUAUAACCUCAAUUUGCUUGAUGGCACAUACCCAUCUAACUCUAAAACUCCAAACCCAGUGUUGGAGCAUAAAGUAGGCUAGUAGAGAAGAUUAAGACGACGUACCCAAACACAAUCAAAGCUAGAAUAGCAAUAGAAUCAACUGGAUAAAGAAAUUUAUUCAUUCAAAGCCUAAAAUAUCCAUACAUAUAUAAAUAGUAAACCCUAAAGCUAGAGUUUGGGGUUUACAACCCCUAGUACCUUAGAGGACUACUCCGUAAAGGAGGGAAGAAGAUACAUUUAAGAAAUUGAAGAAGUCUUGAGGUCGAGGAAGAUGCCUCCUCUCUUCUAGCUCCUUCUCCUCUUCUCCUUCCUUCAGCUUCUCUCUCUAAAACCUGAAAUUCUAUCUCAAUAUCAGCUCUCUAAAUGAAGGGGAAAUGGUCUUCUAUUUAUAGGCAUCAGAGGACGGAGAAGUUCGCAGCCAAACAAGGUAAAGAUCACGGGCAAGAUCUUCAAUGGCGAGGCCACGAUCUUGCGACGCUACCAUUUCGGCCGUCGAGGCAAGGAGAUCGCAGGCUGAUUUCGCGGUUGCAAUCCAUGAGUCGUGGCCAUGAUCUUACUCACGGUCAAAUGGCACUGUGGUCGUGAUCCAAGCGAGGAACUCUCAGUUUCUGCAUGGCUCCUUCUUCACAAAGUUUGCUCCCUAAGCCCUCCAAUUCGCGAUCCAUAAUCUCGGUCAUGAUCUUCACUUCUAGGCCACGAUCUUCAGUCUUCUGCCCCCUUUCUACACUUACGACCUUAUUUUGUACCUAAUUCGCAAUUAUCGUCUAAAGCACACUAAAAUCACAUUGAAUUC